CAUAUAGUGAAUAUGAUUCAAGAGAGACAGCGGUUGCCGUCGGGACCGGUAGGCCUACCAGUGGUCGGGUAUUCGCCAUUUCUGGGCCAACACCCGCACAAAGCCAUCACUAAAUUGGGUGACAAAUACGGAUCAGUUUUCACGUUACAAUUAGGAGUGAAUAAUGUAGUGGUUCUUAACGAUUGGGAGGCUGCGAGGGAUGCCUUCAAUAAGGAUGCCUUCUUAGGAAAACCACUUCACACGGCGUUUACUGUACUCACUGAAGCUAAAAGUUUAAUCGAUGAAAAUGGGGACGUAUGGAGAGAUCAGAGGAGGUCUGCCCUACAAGUGCUCCGAGACUUAGGCUUCGGGAAGGGCUCUAUGGAGGAGAGGAUUAUCGAUGAGAUCAGUUAUCUUACAAAAUGUAUCGAUGAGACUAAUGGUGAGCCCAUGGAUAUACACGAAGUACUGGUGCCGAGUAUGUCCAACAAUAUCAGUCACCUGUUGUUUGGCCACCGAUUUGAUUACAAUGAGCCCCGAAGAAAGAUCUUUGACAAAUUCUUAGACGAGACCUCAUCCAGGUUCUCCAUUAUAGGAACGAUAGCCAUGUCGCCCAUUUGGUUCAGCAAAAUAUUUUUUAAGCUUGGUAAUAUAAUCAAUAGGAGUGGUUUCGAUGCGAUGGUUAGCAUAUUUGAAUCGGAGAUCUCUUCGCACCGGAAGUCUUUGGACACCAAUAAUAAGAGGGAUUAUAUCGACGGAUACUUAGCGGAGAUGGAAGUGAGACAACGAAAGGAUCCCAACACUCACUUCACCCUGAAGGCAUUGGAUGCAAACGCCAGAGCAUUCUUCGGGGCCGGCAGUGAGACGGUGAGGACGACCACUGAAUGGUUGCUAUUAUUGUCCGCCAAAUACAGCGAACACCAGAAGAGGAUUCACGAAGAGAUCGAUUCUGUGGUCGGAAGAGAUCGGAGUCCCUGUUAUGCCGACAGACUUCAUAUGCCGUUCACUCAGGCAUUCAUUAACGAAGUGAUGAGAUAUAAGACUACUAUUCCUGUAAAUCUGAUGAGAAGGACAACAGAAGACACGUCAGUUUUGGGUCAUUUCAUACCUAAAGACACACAAGUUUUAGCCAAUAUAUGGGCCGUUCAUAACGAUCCCAAAGUAUGGCAUAAACCACAAGAGUUUAGUCCCAAACGAUUCCUUACAAGUGAUGACAAAGAAGUGAUUAAAAUCGAUGCUUGGAUACCAUUUUCUUACGGUAAACGCAAUUGUGUCGGAGAAACGUUAGGACGAGUGGAGGUAUUCCUGUAUUUCGUAUCACUUCUACAAAAAUACACAAUAAGUGCAGCAAAUGAUGAGGUGUUGACUCUGGAGGAGAGGUUUGGCCUAUCAUUACAACCAAAACACAAACCAAUUCUUAUAUUUAAUAAGCGGUACUAAGUUUGUGCCGA